AUGCAUUGUUCCCGCUGGAAUCCUCUGUCUCCUCCUUUUCACUCUCCUCCUUUUCUCUCUCCUCCUUUUCUCUCUCCUCCUUUUCUCUCUCCUCCUUUUCUCUCUCCUCCUUUUCUCUCUCCUCCUUUUCUCUCUCCUCCUUUUCUCUCUCCUCCUUUUCACUCUCCUCCUUUUCACUCUCCUCCUUUUCACUCUCCUCCUUUUCACUCUCCUCCUUUUCUCUCUCCUCCUUUUCUCUCUCCUCCUUUUCACUCUCCUCCUUUUCUCUCUCCUCCUUUUCACUCUCCUCCUUUUCUCUCUCCUCCUUUUCUCUCUCCUCCUUUUCUCUCUCCUCCUUUUCUCUCUCCUCCUUUUCUCUCUCCUCCUUUUCUCUCUCCUCCUUUUCACUCUCCUCCUUUUCUCUCUCCUCCUUUUCUCUCUCCUCCUUUUCACUCUCCUCCUUUUCUCUCUCCUCCUUUUCUCUCUCCUCCUUUUCUCUCUCCUCCUUUUCUCUCUCCUCCUUUUCCCUCUCCUCCUUUUCUCUCUCCUCCUUUUCUCUCUCCUCCUUUUCUCUCUCCUCCUUUUCUCUCUCCUCCUUUUCUCUCUCCUUUUCUCUCUCCUCCUAUUCUCUCUCCCCUUUUUCUCUCCCUCUCUCUCCUUUCUUCCCUCUUCUCAGCGCCCACCGGCACGGCUGAGCGCACCUCGAAUGCCGCCUCUGCCCGCAGCAGCACGGGUGGACCUCCCCCAGGUGCCACCUCCACCCGAGGCAGCACCAGCUCUACUUCUUCGUCUGGUGGUGGCGCUGGUGCUGGCGGUGGUGGUGUGGGAACAGAUGCAGGGGCAAAAUUAGCGUCAGCAACAGCAGGAGGCGGAGCAGGAACAGAUGCAACCACUGCAGCAGCAGCAGCAGCAGCAGCAGCGCCAGCAGCCGCCCCUCCUGCUCCUUCUCAGGCGCCUGAUUUCAUUCCUGACGAUUUCUUCGCCGCCCCAUCCUCCUCCACCUCUUCCUCUUCAACUCCGGCCGCUGCCCCUUCUGCUCUGCCAACGCCACUACCUGCUCCUGGCGCUCUUGCUGCCACGUCAGCAGCAGCUGCCGCCACGUCAGCCUCUCCAGCAGCGGUCCCUGCUAUUCCCAGUGCGAGCGCAGCAACAGCAGCAGCGGCCAUACCGUCGUCAGCUGCUGCCUCUUCAUCGUUCUUUGCUGCCAGCUUUGGAUCAGGAGUGGGGCAGCAGCAGCAGCAGCAGCAGCAGAGUGCAGCAGCUAUCACUCCAGAGAGGCACAGCAGUGGUUCUUCUGCUCUGGACUUCUUCUCCCAGCUCAGUGGUAUCACAAGCUCUGUCCUUUCUGGCACCGCCUCCUCGUCUUCUUCUGCGCACCCGUCCGGCGCCACUCACACCAAUGACUCUGCUGCUGGCAUGAGUGCUUUCACCGGCAAUUUCGCGGGCAGUUUCCCUGGGAGUCAGCCAUACGCCUCCCACGACGGGCAGUUCGGGCAGUUUGUAAAACCGGAGCCGGCGAAUCCGGUGGUGCAGGAAAUUCUGCUGUCGCUGCCCGACUUGUCGUUCAUGCUGGCGGAUCACCUGGUGGUCCCUGGGAGGGAUCCUGGAGGCCUUAGGGAGUUCAAUAGCCGGCCAAAGGUGUCUGCUGCAUCUAUCAUUGCAUCGUGCGUUCCCCCUCGGGCAAUAGCACAUGCUGCAGCUGUGCCAGUAGCAGCAGGAGCAGUUGCAGUAGGAGCAGAAGCAGGAGGAACAGGGGCAGAUGCAGGAGCAGCAGGGGCAGCAGCAGCAGCAGCAGCAGAUGGUCUUGUUGAUUCUUCUGCAAGUGCCACUGUAGGAAUUCCACCUACAAAUGCAGAAGCUACAAUAGAGGCAGGAGAAAGUGGAAAGCAGCAGGUGCCAGCAAGUGGGUUUGGUUCUUUGGGCGAUGCUACUUCAGGAAGUCGUGCUGCAAUUACAGAAUCCGUUGCAAACACGGCAUCAGCUGCUCCUGCAACACCUAUGGCAGAGAGUUCAUUGUCCUCUGUGAUUGCAGGAAUGUCAAUGGGGGGCUUUAUGGAUGGUGCAGAGGAGGAUAAUGACGAUUGGGGCGACUUUGAGUCAUGA